CAAAACAUGAUCCACUGUGAAAAUAGGUGGAGGUUAGAUGGACCGCUAUUCAUGUACAUCCAAUCAACAAAGCCCACUCUACAGCCCAAACGCGGAGAACUCAAUUCCCCCGUCUCCGAGCCACUCGGUCCUUCAUUUAGGGCUCGUUGGAGGCUCGACGGAGAUGGGUUUGGGGAUUCUUGUUCUCUGCAGUGAAGACCGCCCGCAGGCAGAGCCGAGCUAAUCAGUUAGGCUGUGAUGGCUUUGCGGGCGUAAUCCCAAGUCUAAAUAUCUUUUUUCUUCAUUUUUCGGAUUUAUUUUCUAGGCAUACUAGUGAUUGUUUUGUUGUUCAUCCCUUUCUCCGUCGAAUCAACCUACAAUAUCGGUGGCCUUCUCCGUAGGCAAGCUCCAAUCGCUCAAACUCUAUUUUUUGUUAUUGUAGCUUUUUGAAUAAAAAUCAGAUAGAGAAGUGAAAAUUUUAGAUGCAUAACAGGAGUCCUGUGAAAUUGUUCAAUUUCACCAAUUAGAAACAAAAAGAAAAAAACCCCUUUAUUUGAGGGUUUGUUAAGUGUCAUCUGGUGUUUAAUUUCAAAUUAUUGCGUCAAUUACCUCUGAAUUCUAAUUUCAAUGUAAUCCAACUCCUCUUGGUGGUUUUUUUUAUUUUGUUGGUCAACCAAGUCGGUGAAAUUUGUUGUAUUCUGUUUUCAGACGUAUGGAUUUACUGUGAUGUAAUUGAUGGAUCGAAUUUAGAUUUAUAUCAAAAUAUUCUCUAUGGUUUCUAUUAUAAGAUAAUUGCAGUUCCGUACAGAGUAUAUUUGAAUUUGAGACCCUCAAAUUCAGUAUCACCGUAUGUAAUUGGUUAAAAUAGAGUGUGUGUAAUUGAAUUUGAGUGAGAUAUAUGUAUUUUACUCUGAGUACUUGAGAGAGAAAAACUUGAAUUCAAAUUCAACCUUGCACUCCAGGUAUUUCAAGGAGCUACAUCUCCCCAAGUUUUCGUCUCUCUUGGCAGCAAGUUCUAGAUCUAAGCACUAAUCUCUAAUCUUUUCAUCGGAUUUUCGUUUUUUUCAGUUUACCUUCCUGUUGUUAUUUAUAUUUGCUGGUGAGUUUAUCUUCUUAGAUGUGUAAUUUGAGUACCCAUCUUAAAUCCCUAGAAUUCUAGUAU